GUGAGGAACAUGACGGUCUCCUACACGCUGGAGGUGGCCAACGCCAGAUUUGCUGGAUUCACCAAACUGCUGUUCAGAUGGAGAGGAAGUAUUUAUAAACUCCUGUAUAAAGAGUUCCUGGUGUUCUGCAGCGCGUACGCCACCUUCAGUGUUCUGUACAGAUGUUUCCUCACUGAAGAUCAGAUGGGCGUGUUUGAACGAGCUGCUCGUCACUGCAACAAAUUUGCUAAAUUAAUCCCGAUGUCUUUUGUUCUGGGGUUUUACGUGACUCAAGCGUUCCAGCGUUGGUGGGGUCAGUACACCAGUUUUCCUCUCCCUGAUAACCUGAUGAUGGUCGUCUCCGGUAACGUUCACGGUACAGACGAGCGCGGACGCCUGCUGAGAAGAACCCUGAUGAGAUACGCCAACCUGUCCUCCAUCCUCAUCUUGCGCUCCAUCAGCACCCGCGUACGCAAACGCUUCCACCAGCUGGAGGACGUGGUGGAGGCGGGAUUUAUGACGGAGGACGAACUGAAAGUUCUGAAUCACCUGAACUCAGAUUUUAAUAAAUACUGGAUGCCGCUGGCCUGGUUCAGUAAUUUAGCGUCGCAGGCCAGACAGGAGGGGCGAGUUAAAGAUGACGUGGCUCUGAGGCUCCUGAUGGACGAGUUGAAUAAUUACCGAGGUAAAUGCAGCAUGCUCUUCCAUUAUGACUGGAUCAGCAUUCCACUGGUGUACACUCAGGUGGUCACUAUAGCCGUGUAUUCGUUCUUUGCGUUCUGUCUGAUUGGACGACAGUUUGUGAGACCAGAGAAAUUAGAUGAACAUAAAGUUCACCUGGAUCUGUACGUGCCCAUCUUCACCCUGCUCGAGUUCUUCUUCUACGCUGGCUGGCUCAAGGUUGGAGAGUUGAUCAUUAACCCGUUUGGAGAAGACGACGAUGAUUUUGAAACCAACCAGCUGAUUGAUCGAAACAUCCAGGUCUCCAUGCUGGCGGUGGACGAGAUGCAUCAGAACCUCCCUCCUCUCCAGAAGGAUAAAUACUGGACUGAAAAGUCCUUCAGCCGCCCGUUUGCUUCAGCAGGACGACCCAUCUUCAUGGGUUCCACCUACGACAUGAGGGUGAGUGAUGAAGACGAGGAGGAUGAACUGGUGGAUUAUCAGCAGCAGCCGGUGAUGGUUUGGCCUCCAGCAGCAACAAAACAGAAGAAGAACGGAGGAAGAUCAGGACGGUUCUGCUGCUGCUGCAGAUCAAACACUGAUGAUUCUCCAGAUCAUAAAGAUUCAGACGUUACAAACAUCAUGCUGAAUAAAUCUGAUCCAGCAGCACCAGUACAGAUCCAGGACCAGUGUUCCAUCAGACUGGAGCAGAAAGAUCCUCAGGACCAUCAGUCAGACCUCAUUCAUGCUUCAUCAGAACCUCAUCAGAACUAAAGAACUCUACAAUCACUAAAUGUUCUACAACAAAACAUCAGUUACACUUUACUGAGUUCUUAUUAUGUUGAUACAGAAACACUGAUGUCAUUGGUACAGGUUUAUGAGCUCCGGUAUAAAACAAGCUUUUAAUUAUUAAAAGUA